AUGAGCAAAUCUGCGGCUUACCUACGUAGUGAGGACGGUGCCUAUGAUGCGGCCGAUAGUACGAAAGAUUAUGGCAUGAAUCACCUUGCUCUGUUAUUUAAUUUUAUCAAACUGUUUGUGCUGCUGCUACCACGUUUAAUGGUGGACUUCUUCCAUGCAUACAUUUGGGCUCCGAAAAAGUCGAUUCGUGGACAGGUGGCGCUAGUAACGGGCGGAGCCAAUGGGUUCGGAAAAGCGCUCUCCAUACGGCUGGCCAAGGAAGGAUGCUCUAUAGCGAUCGCCGAUAUCGAUAUGGUAAGUGCACAGAAAACAGCUGCAGAGCUGCGACAGCAUGGUUUCCGGACUGAGCCAUUCAAGGCGGAUGUAAGUGAUCCUCACUCAGUGCACCAGUUGAGGUUGGAUGUUGAAAAUAAGCUGGGUCCGGUCGAUAUUCUCGUUAACAAUGCUGGAUUGUUGACAACUUUUGCGCUAUCCGAUGCUAGCACGGAGGAUGUUCGCAAAAUUUGCGAUGUAAAUUUGAUGUCCCAUCUGUGGAUGGUACGAGAAUUCAAGGACGGCAUGGUGGAACGCAGUCGAGGUCACAUUGUUGGAAUUAGUUCUAUUCUAGGAUUCAUGCAUGCCUCCAAAGCUACUUGCUAUUGUGUAACCAAGUUUGCAGUUCGCGGUUUGAUGAAAUGUUUGGACGAUGAAUUCUACCAAUUGGGAUUGGAAAAGAAGGUGGUCGCAACGGGCGUUUAUCCAAUUUUUAUGACUACCCGGCAGUCGCUAAUUGAUCUAGUCAUUAAAGUGGGUGGAUUACCCGUAUUUCUAGCUCCCGAACAUGUGGCCGACGCUACCGUGAACGGCAUUCUAAAAAAUCGCACGGAAAUCAUUGUGGGCACACCCAUCGUUCGGCAAUUUCUUAAAAUUAUUGAGCUUGUACCCAUCAGCUUCCUGCAUGUACUCUCAGAGGCGUGUGUGAACGCAGCCAAUUCUCGUGCUGCUGCAGUUUAUCCUAAUCCUAAUCGAUUGCCUGUCGACCUUGCUCCGCACAAGCUCGAUACGAUACAGUGCAAUUUUAACAUGCAGAAGCAGCAACAGCAACAACAACAGCGACAAGGUAAACGUCGAUUUUCAGCUACCAACACCUAA